AUGUCUUUGAGAGAUCAGUUAGGCCAGAUAGCGGCCAACAACGCUACAGUAGCGUUUGAUCGAAAAAAAAGGCAGAAGCUCCACUCUGCCUCGUUAAUAUAUAAUCCAAACACUGCAGCUACACAGGACUUUGAUUUUAUCUACGAAAAUGCCAUCAGUUCUCUAGAGGAACUGAUUGAGGUGGAUUCUAGAUUUUCCGUGUUCCAGAGAUCUCUUUUUGGUACAUCAUCUGCCAGCAUUGACAGAAAUGUGCAAACUAAAGAUCAGAACCUCGAUUUGGAUCACGCCGUGAACUUGUACUUGAUAUUAGCGUCGUCUAAAUGGCACCUGUCGCCAACUUUGCAUGCCACGGAGUGGCUCGUGCGUCGUUUUCAAAUUCACAUUCACAACGCAGAGUGUCUUUUGCUCUCAACGAUGGACUAUUACCAAACACCGGUUUUCAAGCGUAUCCUCAACAUUGUCAAAUUGCCACCUCUGUUUAACGCACUGAGCAAUUUUGUAAGGACAGAUCGCGCGCCAUCGAGUCUCACGAUUAUCAAGCUUUUCAGCGACUCAGAUUUCUUGAAGGUGUACACACAGUAUUUGAGUAAAGUGAUAGAACAAAAAAUGGCUUACACCAACCAGCUACUAUUUACAAGCUGCUCUUUCAUCAACCUUAUUGCCUUCAGGUCUAACGAUUUGGACGCAUUGAAUGCAUUAGUACCCACAGUAUUGGAGAUUUGUGCAAAGCUUUUAGCUUCAGAUUUAGCAGAUUGCCAGAUAGCUGCCAAUACCAUCUUGGUGGUAUUUGGCACUGCAUUGCCUUUGAAAAAGGAGAUUGUUCUCGCAGCAGUAGAAACAAUUUUGGCUAAUUUGGUGGAUGAGAAAGCCAAAAGAUCCGCUUUUAUUUCGAUCGGAAAGCUUUUUCAGACUUUGAAGGGCCAUGGAAAUGUUGACCAGAUGCCAGUGAGCUUAUACAAGCUUUUCGACUCAAAGUUCAGCCUUGAAUCGUUGAUUAGACACCUCCUUGAUGCCGACAAACUCAUGAUAGACAAGUUUUUGACCUCUUAUGUCAGAUCGGUCUUGAGAUACGACCAUCCAAAGCUCAACUCUCUGAUAUCUCUUUUCAAAGUAGUUCAGUUAGAAGCUUUUGAGAGUAGGUUGAUAAUUCUCGAUUUGAUACAUUUGUCUGAAGUUUUUGAUGAUAAAAGGCUACUGGUAGACGUAUUUGAAUAUUUCGUUGCUCUCGAUGAAGAUCGAGUGAUUAAAUGCUUGCAUUCGCUAAACUUGGAUCCAGAAAUAUUUGAAUUGAGACUAACAACUUCCCUAUUCAAAUUGAAAGAGGGCAGCGUGGAUGGUCCUCUCAAAGAACUCGAGUCUUCCAAAGUUCUGGGUACCAUUUCACCUGUUGAACCCUUCAAAGAAUUUUUGAGUAGAAAUUCGAGCUACAUCAUAACAAAAGUCACAUCAGUCAUAAUUGAGGAAGAUGAGAAAUUUUCAAAACUACUUUCGCUCUAUGUAGAAGCAGUUUCAAAAGGCUUCAAAGCGGGACUGUUUCUGUCUUCUUUCUUCACCACUGUUGAAGGCAGACUUACUUUUCUGUUGAGGGUCAUCAUUUCACCAGCAGCUCCAGUAGCUCUUCGACUAGAGUCUCUAUCCAACCUCUCUAAGUCUAUUCAUCAGAUUGGUCAAGAUUCCAACUUGUUUAGUUUGGUUCCAAUUCUCAUCGCAGCCUUACAUGAUACUUCCAAAAACGUAAGGAACGCAGUAAAGCGGAUAUUGCAUCAGAUUGCUAAAAGACCUUUCACUAAGCAAUAUUUCCUCUCCAAUAAGCUGUACGGCGAUGUUGAUAUCCCCAUGAUCAGUCCAAAAGACGCCGAGUCUUGGAUAAUCAAAUUCCUAGAGGAUUACACGAUAGAAAACCACAAUAUCAAAAAUCUGGUCGUGCCGAAAAAGUUAGAAAAGGUUUUCACCAUUUUUUGGGCCAAUCAGGCCAAUUAUAUGCCACUACCACAUGCCAAGACGAUAUUCAUCCGAUUCAUCACUGGCUACAAAUCUUAUAAUUCAACUUAUUCAGCACUGUUUGAGAACAACCUCGGCAACUAUCUUGAAAAAAGAGGUCAGUGGGAGAAGAAGUGCAGCAACAACAAGACCAAUUUUGAGGAUUUUGAAAAGUCAAUCGUCUCAAUCAUUUCUGAAAAGGAGAAGAAUACCAAAAUCAUCCGCUUUGCUGAAGAUUGCUUGAAAUGUGAAUUCGAACAGCUGGCGACGUUGGUUUCUCGCCGCAUAACAGAAAUUUUCUCAAACCUCAAAAUAAUCCAUCAACAACAGCUUGUCAAAGAUGUGGUAGACUUGACAGCCGAGAGGGAGCUAUCUUACGAUUCUGUUGAGUUUUUGCAGUCUCUACCUCUAAACUCUGAAAUAUUUGUCUCAUUAUUCUCACAAUACCGCAUAAACGCAAAUGAAGAGGAUAUGAGCGAUAUAAUGAAGAAGAGAAGACGGAGAUCGUCUGCAAGUAAGGCUGCUUUACAGAGAGAAGAGGUCUCCCAAAUUGCAGAACUCCAUUUGCGUAAGCUUACUGUCACUCUGGAAGCAUUGGAUCACAUUAAACCCAUCGGAUCAGAGCAGUUAUUGUCAGCUUUGUUCAACGCACUUUCUGACCUAGAAACUCUUGGCCAAGACGGCGGCCUCCCUGUACUUUACGCACAAGAAACCUUGUCAUCUUGUAUGCUAUCGAUCAUCUCUUCUUUAUCACUUGAUAAAAAAUCACAGUUGCGGUCCCUAAGGGCUGACGUCGUUGUAUCGGCCAUCACGUCCUCUACUUCUCCUCAAGUACAAAACAAGCUCUUGUUAGUAAUUGGAGAACUGGCCAAACUAAGUCCCGAAAUAGUUCUACAUUCAGUGAUGCCAAUUUUCAUAUUCAUGGGCGCCAAGACCAUCCGACAGGAUGACGAAUACUCAAGCUACGUUGUUGAAAGAACUAUUCAACUUGUGGUACCAGCUCUGUUGCAAUCGAAGUCAGGAAGCAACAAAGCUGAAGAAAUAGAAUUUCUACUCAUCAGCUUUGCCACCGCAUUUAGCCAUGUCCCAAGGCAUAGACGUGUUAAGCUUUUCACAACUUUUGUGAAGACUCUUGGUGCGACCGACGCUCUUGGACCAUUUUUGUUUCUGAUCGCCCAGCAGUACUCCUCUCUGGUUCAAAAAUAUAAGAUAUCUGAGAGUAAAAGUGUUUUGGAAUUUACCAAAACCUUUUUAACGAAGUUUUCGGUUUUGAAUCAAUUGACAGGAGUUCACAAGCUGCUACUCCUGCUAAGCUCAUUGUCGGAGAACUGGUCCGAGGAAGAAAAAUCGCAACAUUUUUCUAAGACACUGUUCUCCAAUGGGAUUUUGAACUCUUCUGAAGUAGAAAUUUUGGCUCUUAAAAAAAAUGGUCUUCAAUUCGUCGACAAUAUUAUUGUUGAAGAUGAAGCAGACUACCAAAGUUCAGACAACUUAAAAUUGAAGAUAAUGGGGGCUCUAUGGGAUAGCUCGAAUGACAAACAUCUUCAGGAUGAGGUCAAAUCUAAUUUUGGUGCUGUUUUGAAAACAACUUUGAAUUUGCUGAAUGCUUCUGCUACGAUUGCAGAUGUUCCUUUCGAAAACCAAGAGCUUGUGCCCAGAGGCGAGGCUUCUGAAAUGCGGGACAACAUCCGCGAACUCUUAUUCCGAAUAUUGGGACAUGUGCUUGAUCUUUUGCCAAUCAAAGAUUUUACGUCUGCUACUCUACCCCUUCUUGCCACCGAUGGCUCUGAUGACACUAUCAGAAAUCAUCUAAUUCUGGUCUUAGCAUCAAAGUUCAGACUAGAACCUGGUGAGUCCGUGGUUUUCGCUAACCAGGUCAUCGAGACUCUCUGCACGAUCAUUGAUGAAGACUCAAAGAACGAUGGCAUUGUUCAAGUAUCUCUCAAUACCAUCGAGUCUUUGGUUGGUAAAUACGGGGAUAGAAUAGACGCUGGGCUCAUUAUAAGAGGUAUGAAAAUUUCCAGUGAGCUACUUCUAUCUCAUAAAAUGGAAAUCGAAGUUUCCUCGCUAGCUGUCUUGACAAGUGGUAUUCAGGCGCUAGGCGUCAAAGCGAUAGCAUUUUAUCCCAAAAUUGUUGUACCCGCGUUGCAGAUUUUUAAAGAGCUGGAAAGUAGUGAGGCAGACGUUAAGGAGCAAUUACAAUUAGCCAUUAUUCUGAUUUUUGCAUCGAUGGUCAAAAGAAUCCCUGCAUUCCUAUUAUCGAACUUGGUGGACGUAUUGAGAGUAGUAUUUUUCUCGAAUGAAGUUGAAAACUCUGUUCGUUUGUCCGUUAUCGCAUUGGUUGUCGAGCAUAUCGAACUAAAAGAAGUUAUGAGGGCUCUCAGCAAAGUUUGGUUCUCCGAUGUAAACAAAACCAGCGAUGCAACCGCUCUUUCUCUGUUUUUGACCGCUCUCGAGUCUACUGUGGACACAAUUGACAAGAAAUCCGCCACAUCUGAGUCACCUGUAUUUUUCAAGCUGCUUUUGGCUUUAUUUGAGUUUAGAGCGACUAGCAAGCUUGAUCAUAACACUAUCAGCCGUAUCGAGGCUUCAGUUCACAAUAUAGCGAACGCAUAUGUUUUGAAGCUGAACGAUAAGGUUUUUAGACCGCUUUUCGCGCUUAUGGUAAGAUGGGCGUUUGAUGGAGAGGGCGUCAGCAAUGGUGGGAUUAGCCAAACACAACGGUUGUCGGCUUUCUUCAAGUUCUUCGGUAGAUUACAGGAGCACUUGAAAGCCAUUAUCACCCCUUAUUUCACAUACCUUUUGGACCCUACAGUUGGGCUAUUAAAGUCGUUCAGUAAGGGCGAUAUCUCAGACGCUGGCUUACGUCGUUUGGUUCUUCACUCGCUUACCUCGUGCUUUAAAUACGACAGGGAAGAAUAUUGGAAGUCCACGUCGAGAUUUGAGCUGAUCUCGGAGUCUCUGAUAGCUCAAUUGGUCAAUAUUGAGCAGCCAGUGGGCCGCUACCUAGUCAAGGCCAUCAGCUCCCUGGCCAUGAACAAUGCAGGUGCAGAUGAACACAACAAGGCCAUGAAUGUGAUGUUGAUUUCGCACAUGAAGUCCAAUCGCUCGAGUUCCGAGAAGCUGUGGGCCGUUAAGACUGUCAAAACUAUCUAUUCGAAGGUUGGAGAGGCCUGGCUCUCGUUUUUACCGCAACUGGUGCCAAUAAUUGCAGAAUUGCUUGAAGACGACGACGAAGAAGUAGAAUACGAAGUUCGGUCCGGAUUGGUCAAGGUUGUUGAAAAUGUCUUAGGCGAACCUUUUGAUAGAUACUUGGACUGA